CUCUCUGCUCCACUUAGAGUAACCACGCUCUCCCUCCUCACCCAAACCCAUCCUUUCGACCCGCAGAGUUCCCCUCCUGGGAGCAGAACAGAGGACCUGCUGCUGGAAAAAAGGGUUAAAGUUUUUGUUUUUUUACUGCAAAAGAGAAGAGCAAAAAGUUCUCUGCGAAGAGGCAUGUUGACGGGCGUUUUCUGAAGCAAAGCCUAAAGUCCCUUCAAGCUCUUUUCCUUUUUGAAUGGAUCAAUCUGAGUAUCACAGAGGGCAUGCUUUUGCAAUUAAAGGAAUGUUGAUUUUGAUCUUCACCACUUAAAAGAUUUCAAUGGAAAUGCAAAUACUUUUAAAGAAUAAGACAUCCUGGACUUGAAUCAAGUCAAGACAUCUCCCGUACUUGCAAGGCCAAGGAACUGUAGCAGAAUUCAUGGGAAAAAGCAGUUCUCCUGCCUCUUCUUCUCACCUGUGAUGAAGAUGGACUUACCCAGUCAGCACUUGCCCGAGGAGGUCAGCUGAAGCCAACGCCACGCAGCUAAGUCUGGAUUAGCAGGCCGAACGAGUUUCAAUGCUCCCCCACGCUUUAAGAUGAAGUUAUGGAAAGGUGCUACUUUUGCCUUCGUGCUAUGUGCCACAGCCCUGUCCACCUUCCUCAUUAGAAGCAUGGUCUCCAUCAGAGAGUUCAGAGUCAGUGUGAAACAUCCAUGCACAUCAUCAUUCCCAGAAUCGCCUUCAGCAGAAUCAGAAGCUGUGCCCCUGCAGACAGAAAGCCUUCGUCGGAAGACCCGCUCAACAGGCAACAACAUGAACUCCCUGCUCUCAGAGUUUUCUGUGAUGCUGCAGAGUUUUACAGAGGUUGAGCUUCAGCAUGUGCUGGGAACCUUGCUGGAGAGGAAGAGAAGAAGAGAACAGUCCAUCACAAUGACCCAAGCCCGAAGGACUAAAAGAGCUAAAAAAUCCAGGCCCUGCUCUGUGAGGAAGGUGGCUCUGAUGGUGAAUGAACUGGGUCUUGGUUUCCAGAGCGAUGAGACUAUAUAUCUGCAGUACUGCAGUGGUAAAUGCGAUAAAGAAAAGAAAAACUAUGACUUUGUCAUGGAGCACAUACUUAAAAAAGGCUUAAUACGGAAAAAGAACAAGGUCAGCAAAGAACCCUGCUGCCGACCCACUGAAUUUGAACUUCUUGUCUACUUUGGGAAUGGUGGCCAUAACAUAAUAUCUAAUGUAUCAGCAAAGCAUUGUGGGUGCGUAUGACCCAAAGUAAGGAGCCUCUCCCUUCUUUAAGCUGCUCCAAGCUCUGCUGCUGAAAAAGGAUGCAUAAUGGACAAACAAGGGAAUGUAAACACCAGCAGAGAGAAGAAAACAAUGAGAAAGUGUUUAUCGCGCCUCCAUGGGAACCUUUUUGACUGAUUGACUUUGAAUGAAUUUAUCUGUCAACACCAGUUGGAUGCGGAUCAAGUAAAUGGCAAGUGCCAUGUUUGGAUUCCACAUAAAAAAAGAAAGGGAAAAUGGCAGCACACCCAAAUUCAUGUUAAUAUCUUUUCUAUCUGUGUAGGAAACACUGUAAACUAUGGUGUUAACAGCAGUUUAGCAACAUGAGGUUUGCGUCUUCUUAGUCAUUUGUACAUGUUUAGAUUCAGAACGAUAAGCCAGAGUGGAUCGGAUCAUUGUUGUUAUUGCACUUCAAUUAAAUUUCUAUCCAAAAUUUUACGUUUACACACUUAUCCCAACAAAUAAGACGAGGUAGUUUCUGGCACGUAAAUAAGACGAGGUUUGCUUAAAAAUCAGCACAGGAUGACUUAAAAGGUUACAUUUUGAGAUGCAUCCAGAGAGCUGUGUUGCAUUUUUGCAGUCUAAGAAGAUUUUUAUGACAUGUUUCCUGAUUUAUGUACUUUGUUACUAACUGCAGCUUUACUACAAAGGUAAACAAGAGAAGUGUUACUUAUAAUUUAUCAAUGGAAGAUAUAAAUCUUUAGUGAGUGGUACAAAACCCAUAAUUACUGCAUUUCUUUUAUCUUGUGUAGAGACUUUAGACAUGUAUGUAUUCUCAGUGUAAACAUCCUGCAGAACAAAACCUCCCCUACUUUCUCCAGAUAAUAUAACAGGCACCCCUGGAAAAGAUAUGCAGAAAGUCUUACAAAUUGAUGUAUUUUUGCAGUAGCAUAACCUUAUAUCUAUAAUCUAUUAAUCCAGCCUUCAACUUGAGUACAUUUAUGAAGUGGGAAAUGACUAUCUUCCAAAACAACAUAACUUGGUGAAAUCCCUUUUAGCACAAUUGUCUGUUCCCCUACUGGUAACAAAUUGCAAGACAAUGAUUUGUCUUUAAACAUUUUCCAUAAGAGAUUCUUACCUUUUUCGCAUGGCAGAGCUCAUGGUUGGUUUUCCGCUCUGCCUGGGUUUGUAUGGGUCUUUCUAUACUUAAAGCCAGAGCCAAGUCUGAAUUCCAGGCACAAAGAGUAGUUUGGUUAGACGCAGCCAAAGCUGUCCAUUUGUCUAUGGAGGGGUGUCUGAAUUGGGAAUCAGGGUCUCAUUGUUAGUUUUUUGUAGAUGAUGUCAUUCUGUUUGAAUUCCCAGGCCUUGAGCUUCAGCAUGAUAUGGCUGAAAUUUGCAGCUUUUAUGAAAGUCAACUUUAAAAUGGGGUCCAAUUUGUGUCGAGUAGAGCAGGAAUACAAGUAGCAUGGUAUUUUUCUAAUUAGAUGGAUGUAUUUUACAUGAACACUGUCUCCUGAAGCAUGAUUGCUGAUCCAGUUUGGUGUAAUUAAGAAAGAGCUGAGCUAAAAAGUAAAAUUCAACAUGUAAUGGUCUAGAUUUUACCCUUAGUAUGGAGUGUACUUAAUGAAAUGCUGUUGAGUAUCAGGAGAUAGGAGUUCAUUGAGCCCCUGCUCCUUCUGUCCUAGACAUUAUGUUCCUUGGGUAGACGGUUUACCUGCCAUUCUUACUGAGGAGGCCGAUUGCACCGUAUCUUUCAGUCUGCCACAGAAAGCUACACUGUUACAUACCAUGGGUGCAUGAUUUGUGAUUUUGUUUGUUGACUUGUUACUAAUGUCACAUAAGCAGCAAUGAAUGGAUGAAAUAUUUGAGUCAAAGUUAUAAGUCUUCUGUUAUGGUUGGUGUUUUUUUAGUUCAUUGAACUGUUUUUAAAUGCAUUUUUAAAUGCAUUUAGAUUGGGGGACAGUCAUGGCUAUCGGUGCUUCGAAGAAUCUGAAGUCUGAUUCUGAUCCAGGCUCUGAAACCUUCUGAAAGGGAAACUAGUCCUCAGCAUCACAGAACCCUCACUGUGAUCAACAGUGGAGAUGAUGCACUAUCCUACUUGUUAGACUUCCAUUUCAGGUCAAACCCAUUUAGACUGCUUGUUGCCAAAAGCUAAAUCUUGAAGGUCAGGCGAGAUCAUUUAUUGACAUUCUUAACAAACAACAGUUUGUUAGGUAGUUGGUGUCUAAUGCUUGUUAUGGGGACUUGGUGACUAAAAUUGUAAAAUGUACUCAGGUGUGGGGUUGGAUGUUUUCAACUUUGUUUUAUUUUAUUUAAUUCUUAAUUAUGUUAUUGAAAAAGAUUAUGAAGCUAU